AUGGCUCCGGUACGGUCGCGUUUGACGUUGAAAAAUAAAAUCGACAUAAUAAAAUGUUAUGAUGCAAAAAAACAAAGUGUUCGUGAAUUAGCGACUCAAUUUAAAGUUGGUAAAACUCAAAUUGGAACCAUACUCAAGUCCCGGGUAGAUCUAUUGCGUAAAUGGUGUGAUGAAAACGUGAAUGGAGAGACAAAAAAGAAUUUUAUUGAAGGUAAGGGCUUUGAAAUAGACCAUGUGUGUUAUGAAUGGUUCUGCCGCGUCCGUGCUAAAAAUUUGCCUAUCUCUGGUCCUCUCAUACAGCAAAAAGCUAUAGAAAUUGCUAAAACUUUGGGUAGAACUAAUUUUAAAGCGUCUAAUGGAUGGCUCGAAAAAUUUCGCAAACGUCACAAUAUUGCUUAUAAAGCUAUCUGUGGAGAAAGUAGUUCCGUUGACCAUGAUAUUGUGGACGACUGGAAUAAUAAAUUAGUCGAAAUAUGUGAAGGAUUUAUUCCAAAAAAUAUUUUUAAUUUAGAUGAAACUGGCUUAUUUUUUCGUGCUUUACCCAAUAAAACAAUGUGUCUCAAAGGUGAGAACUGCAGUGGUGGAAAAAUAAGUAAAGAACGAAUUACAGUUAUGUUGUGUGUUAAUAUGGAAGGCGAUUUUGAAACACCUUUGGUGAUUGGAAAGGCGUUAAAACCCCGGUGUUUUAAGAACAUAAUCGUCAACGAUCUUGGAGUAACGUGGAAGGCUAAUCGUAAAGCUUGGAUGACACAAGAAUUAAUGAAAGAAUGGUUAUCGAAUUUCGAUAGAAAAAUGCAAGGCCGGAAGGUUAUCCUUUUUCUUGAUAAUGCGACUAGUCAUCCUCAUUUGAAUUUACAGAAUGUGAAACUCGCAUUCUUUCCACCAAAUGUAACUUCAACUUGCCAACCUCUUGACCUAGGCAUUAUAAAAAAUUUCAAAACUCAUUACCGCAUAAAUCUUUUAAAACACGUAAUUUCGUCUAUAGAUAACGAAAAUAUAAAAAAACCAAAUGUGACAGUUCUUGAGGCAGUUAUGUGGAGUACAGCAGCUUUAAAAAAAAAUAAACAAGGAAACGAGGAUCUGAGUAAUGAGUUAACGAAACUAGUUUCAACAAUAUAUCCAACAAAUGCACAGGACUAUUCGUCAAUAGAUGAAUGCUUACAAACCGAAGACUUAUCAUUGAACAUUGAAGACAUAAUCAAUGAUGGCAUGAGUGAGGAUGAAAGUCAUGACGUGGAACAAGAAGAAGAUAGUACAGACGGUGUAGACGAAGAAAAAAUAACACUCAAAGAAGCAUUACAGUUAGCGAAUAAACUGAAGACGUUUUGUCUCAAUAAGAGUGAUGCAGUUUCAUUGUCACUAGUUAAUCAACUCCAGUCUAAUUUUGAGGCAAUUGCAAUACAAGAAAAAAAACAAACUAAAAUUUCAGAUUUUUUUUUUCAAUAA